CGUUGCGUGAUGACGUACGGCGGAAGUGCCUCCUCAACUACGUAUAAGGGCACCGCUGUCAAGCCUGACAGUCAGGGGACGACGGGUAUUUGAGGAGGUAUAAGAUUAAUCAAAGCAACAAUGGAUCGAUUCAGGUCUGCAUUUAACAACAUGUUUAAAAGUGAGCGGUACAGCAGGUUCACACUUCAGCCUGCGGAAGAUGGAGAAAGACAUGUCGAGGUCAAACUGUCUGAUGACGCCACGGAGACAGAGGACCAGGCAGGGGGUUCUCCGAGCUUCAGGCCAGCUCCUCUGCAUCACAGCCGGCGUAAUGUUUGCUACCUGGUCCUGGGAAGCUUGCUGAUAUUUGUUAUUGGCUACCUGAUUGGCUACAUCAGCCACAAUAAACCUCAGGCAGAGCUGGUGCACUGCGAAGCUGGAGGUGAGCAGGACACUGAAAAUAAGCUUGAACCGACCACAGGUGCUGUCGCAGAAGCUCCUCAAGUUCAGCUGAACUGGAAGGACAUCACCCAACUCCUCAAACAGAAACUCACCAGCCAAGCCUUUGACAAAACUCUGAGGGACUUUGAUCUGCCUAGACGUUCAGCAGGAAGUGAGGAAGAUAUGAGUCUUGCAAACCGCAUAUUUGAUGAAUUCCGCAAACUGGAGAUGAAUCCCUGGACUGACAUCCACUAUGUUCAACUGCAAACACCAGACAGCAAGCGUCCAAACCGUGUCCUUUUUGGUUCAGAUGUCUUUGAGCCAACAGGCUAUUUGGCCUACAGUGCUCCUGGGAGAGUUCAGGGGAAGCUGGUUUAUGGCAACUACGGCCGGCAGGAGGAUCUGGACGUUCUGCAGAAGAAGGACAUUGAACUGAAAGGCAAUGUGUUGCUGCUGCGAACUGGAAAGAUCACUUUUGCAGAGCAGGUGGAUAAUGCUGCCACGAAGGGGGCCUCUGCUGUUCUAAUCUACCCUGACGUUCAAGAUUACAGCUAUCGAGCAGACACCCCACUCUAUGGACAUGUCCAUCUGGGUUCAGGAGACCCCUACACCCCUGGGUUUCCCUCCUUCAACCAUACCCAGUUUCCCCCAACCCAGUCGUCUGGCCUCCCCAAAAUCCCAGCCCAGACUAUCACAGCCAGCAUGGCUACAGUUCUUCUACAGAAAAUCGGGGGUCCCGAACCAGAUGAAAGCAGUGGUUUUAAAGGCGGCUUAAAGUCGCUGACUUACAGACUGGGAGGCAGUGAGAAUGUCACUGUCGAGGUCAACAACGUGCUGGUGAACAGGGAGAUCCACAAUGUGUUUGGAGUCAUCAAAGGAUUCACUGAUCCUGAUCGCUACGUCGUGGUGGGAGCGCAGAGAGACGCCUGGGGUAAAGGUUACACCAGGGCCACUGUUGGCACCUCAAUUCUGGUAGAGCUGGCCAAGGCUGUUGGCGAGAUGGUGGAGAAAGAGGGGUUCAGGCCUAGGAGGAGUAUGAUGUUUGCAAGCUGGAGUGCCGGAGAGUACGGAAGUGUUGGUGCCACCGAGUGGUUGGAGGGUUAUAUGUCCUCUAUUGACAAACACGCUUUCACCUACAUAAGCCUGGAUGGAGUGGUGAUGGGUCGUGGCAGCUUUGUGGCCUCAGCAAGUCCGCUGCUCUACAGCCUCCUCGGGAGAACGAUGAAAGAGGUGCAAAAUCCUCUUGGUUCUGGCACUGUGUACGAUAUGAUGGGAAAAAAUAACUGGGAGGCUAAUACACUGAGGCCGAUGUCAAUUGACGACCCUGCCUAUCCUUUCCUGGCCUUCUCUGGGAUUCCCUCCAUUUCUUUCCAUUUCAUCUCUCCCAACACUGAGGCUUACACUUACUACGGCACCAACCUGGACAACAUGGAUCAUCUCAAUUACCAAACCAACCAUCGCACCAGUGAAAUGACGGCGCUGGCGGCGCAGUUCGCUGGCCAGAUGGCUCUGCGACUGAUCCACGACCACCUGCUGAGAUUGGAUGUGAGCCGAUACAGCGACAUCCUUGGCAAAGCUGCGAAACGGGUCAAUCAACGCAUCAUCCAGCUCACACAGUCUGGUCAGCUGAAGGAAGUGAAGCCCACCUGGCUAAGCCGAGCACGUGGCUCCUUCCAGCGAGCUUCUGACGGCAUCAGCCGCGCCAUUACCAACACUGACUUAAAUGACAAGGAGGCCUGCCGGAUCCUCAACGACAGGAUCAUGAGGGUUGAGCACUCCCUCCUCUCUCCGUACGUGUCCCCCACUGAGACUCCCUUCCGUCACCUCCUGCUGGGCCGUGGAUCCCACACACUGGCGUCCAUCGCAGAGACUAACGAUAUGGAGCAGCUCCACACCCAGCUGGCCCUGGCCACCUGGACCCUGCAGGGAUGUGCCGGCGCCAUGGUGGGAGACAUCUGGGACAUCGAUGAAGAAAUCUAAAGAAGGGGGACUGGGACGUGUGUGUGCGCGUGUGUGUGUAUUUGUGUUGUUAAAAUGAAAACUGAGGUAGAGUAGAGUGAGGAGCUCCAAUAUCAGCACUUAAGCACAAGCUGUCAAUCAGAGGUCAAAGAAAAUAUUACAGCCAGACUUAUAAUGCAUUGUUGGAGGGGUCUGAAUCCUACAAAGAUCCAGGAAGAGUCAGAAAAGUGUGAAGUACAUUCUUGUGAACUAAAUACUUGGGGGGGAAAAAAAAAAUUAAAGUCGACUGUAAAAUCUGCCUCCUCCAACACACCAGGCCAGUUGAAGGCUUCACUGUGACCUCUUGCCAUCAAAACACUGAGAAACCUUAUUUAUACUUAAGUUUUUUUUAUCAGUGGCAGUGCCCACUAUAAAGUUAUCGUUUGUCUUUUUAUAUGACGUUAUCGGAAGCAGUGCCUUCCAUAAUUAUGACGGUUAUACUGUCUAAUGUUACGGCAGCAUCUGCUACAGAAAUGACUCCUCAACUGUUGCUGACAAAAUGGAACCCCCUGACAAAGUGAGAUGUUUUUGUUUUGUUUUUUUCAUGGCCUUCAUUUCUUCAUUUAAUUUUAUGAGGCGGCGGCGCACAUAGUGCCGCUUCAGUCGAUCAUCAAAAUGGUUAUUUAAAAUCAUGUAAUGGCGAAAUGAAGGAUUGAGUAUAAUUUGGCCUGUUCUAGUGUUAGUAUUUAAAUUUAUCUGUUUUAACUACUAGACUAAGAGCAGAGAAAAAAUUAUUAUUUUUUUUUAUUUAUAUACCACAAGCCCAGGGAUAAAUUAAUUAUUCGACUGAAUUUAUUCUGUGCUUGAUGUUGGGAUGAAUUCUUAAAAAAAAAAAAAUACCCACAAACACACACUAAAAAAGGGAAAGAUCUAAAUGUGUCCAAAAAUGUUAUCAACACAACCGCGUCCUCCAUUUAGAGCAACAACAGAUCAGUUCCAUAAUUUGCGAGAAAGCCAUUUAUGUUGCACAGUCUACUUUGGAGCAGUUAAUAAUUACAUGACAAAGUUAUCGGGAGCAGUGCCUUCCAUAAUUAAAACCCAUUAUCGGGAGCAGCGCCUUCCAUAAUGAAAGCAGUGACGGUAGUUUUUGCCUACCUUAGUGUUUGUGUUUUACAUGUGUAUUUAUCGGGAGCAGUGUCUCUCAUAUUUCACUUGAAAGGUGGAACAACUUAUCGGGGACAGUGUUUCCCAGAGUUUUAUAUACUUAUUUAUUUGUUUUUCGUCUUUACUUUUGGAUUAUGUGUGUGUGUUGGUGUGUGAGAGUGUGUAGGUGUAGUCCUCCAGCUCAUAUUUCUGUAUCAUGCUCUGACCUUAUUGCUGCAGAAUCUGUUUGUUUCUGGUCUGUUGACCUGGCUGGACCCCAAACGUCUGUGCUGUGAUCUGAUGCUUCACCUCCAUAUGAAUACUCCACAAGCCACAGCAAAUCUGUUUGCAUGUGACAUAUUUCCUUUUCACUGCAUGUUACUGUAUUCCUUUGCUGACACACUUAGAAACUUUAAAAUUAGGGAUUAAAAAAAAUGUGCUUGUUUUAGAUUCAAAACAAUAUUUUUUCUGAUAGGUUAUUUAUUUGACCAUUUUCUUCACAUAAAAAAUUUACUAGAAUACUUUUAGGCCUCUGAACAAAAAAUGGCAGAAAAAACUAUUGAACUUAUGACAAAUGAUAAUAACUGCACUGAGAAUGUAUUGAACCUGGGUACAAAUGUUUAUUAAGUGAACAUGUUCAAAGAAUCUCUCAGUAAACCACACUGAAACUAUCAGACGGACUUUGUUAAAAUCAACUUACUUUAACAUACACUCAAAAGUUAACAAAAUGUCUAUUUCAUAAGCCAGAAUUUUAUAUAUUCCAAUACAUUUCUUUCCUUGUGUCAGUUCUGUUGACAUUGAUGCUGUAAUAUCCUGUUUUUACUUUCUUACAUCUGUCAAAAGAAAAGGUUACUUAAUCCUGAGGGGAGGGGAAAUUGGGUGAUUAGGAAGUGGGUGUUCCACUCACUUUGUAAACUGAAAUCCUGUAUGUGUAUGCUAAAAUACUUGGUUUCAGAGUCUGUUCAGUACAACUUUUUUUCUCUUAUAAAGUUCUGGGUUUUGUUUCUAUUAUCUCUGUGUUUAGCAAGAAAGUGUAAUAAACCCUUUUGGCUUAAAGCAUCCAGAAAAUCUA